UGUUAGCAUCGACGUGACAUUGACACUUGCGCAAUUUUUUUUUUUUUUUUUCCCCCAUCAGCUUGUUGCCUUCACCCUUCUCUAAACUCCAAGGUCCAACUUCAGUGAGUGAUUCGUCCCAGCAGAGACAGUCGUUUCUGACCAGGUCAGCAGCUCAGUGUAAAGAUGGGAGACUGGGGAUUUCUUUCCACCCUCCUGGACAAGGUCCAGUCCCACUCCACCGUCAUCGGAAAGGUCUGGAUGAGCGUCCUCUUUCUGUUUCGCAUCAUGGUUCUGGGUGCUGGCGCUGAGAGCGUGUGGGGCGACGAGCAGUCGGGCUUCAUCUGCAACACUCAACAGCCUGGUUGUGAGAACGUCUGCUACGACUGGAUCUUCCCCAUCUCACACAUCCGCUUCUGGGUCAUGCAGAUCAUCUUCGUCUCCACGCCGACGCUGGUCUACCUGGGCCACGCCAUGCACGUCAUCCACAAGGAGAACAAGCUGAGGGAGCUGCUGUCCAGCCCGGGCGGGCCCAUGACCUCCAAACAGCCCAAAUACACUAACGCCAAGGGCAAGGUGACCAUCAAGGGGAACCUGCUGGGCAGCUACCUGACCCAGCUGAUGGUCAAGAUCAUCAUCGAGGCGGCCUUCAUCGUGGGCCAGUACUACCUGUACGGCUUCAUCAUGGUGCCCAUGUUCCCCUGCUCCAAGAAGCCGUGUCCCUUCACCGUGGAGUGCUACAUGUCCCGACCCACGGAGAAGACCAUCUUCAUCAUCUUCAUGCUGGUGGUGGCCUGCAUCUCCCUGUUCCUCAACGUGGUGGAGAUCUUCUACCUGCUCUUCACCAGGCUCGGAUGCCGUUCCAAGAAGCAGAACUUGAAGGUCACGUCGGCGGAGAACCCGGCAACCCUGUCGGGCCCCCAGUGGCCGAACUUGCAGGACGCACAGAUGCAGAACAGUCUGAACAUGGAGCUGCAGAGCAACCACAGUAUUGGAGGAAGUCUAGAUGGCGCUAAAGAGGAGAAGAGGCUACUGAGCAGUCAUUAAUGAAACACAAAUGAUGAAAUCAAUUUUUCUAAUGUUCUGUCAACGUUUUUACAUAAAAAGAAAACUGAAAUAAAACAGGAACGAAAUACAAAUGACAAACAAAACGCUGUGUCAGCGUCUGCUGCCGAGAACCUUUGAGCAACAAUCUUUACUUUACUUUGUUUUUUUUUCGUGUUUUUUUUUUUAAGAAAUGAAUCUAAAAAUGUAUGCGUGCAAUACUGAUCAUUACUGUAUUUUUCUGUACAUGAGAGCGGACCUGUGUGUCCUGUAAGUUAUUGACACGUCGGAGGACUGGGAAUGAUUCGCUUCGAGGAGAAUGAUGAUGAAAAACAAUGUUGAGACUUUUUUGUUUGUAUCUGUUUUUAUUAAAUAAAAAGUUAAAGUUAAAAAUG